AUGGAAGAAGACAUCAUCUCAUUAUUAGAAAGUGUCCACCCUGGUGAAUCCAAAAAGUUUCCAGACAUCGACUCUUUGAUUAUGACUUGGAAAUACAUUUCUGCUUUACCACCUAAUCUACGAAACAUCAGACUGCUCUACAGAUUUUUAAAGAAAAAAGACAUCGAGAAACCAAAAGCAUCCCUUUGUAUAGUCCAUGGCUUUGGAGAACAUAGUGGAAGAUAUAUUAAUGCUGCUAUUCAUUUUGCACUGCUAGGAUAUGGAGUGCACAUGAUUGAUUUCCGCCAUGCAGGAUUAUCUGGAGGAGCAAGGGCUGGGCAUAAUCUUUAUGAACUGCAAAGUGAUAUAAAUCUACUUCUUCAGCAGCCUGACCCAACUGUCCCUUGCUUUUUGUGGGGACAUAGCAUGGGUGGGUUGCUAGUUACAACUGUUUUGAUAAAUAACCCAACGCUUCCAAUUACUGGAGUCAUCAUUUCUGCACCAUUUUAUGGGUCUUCUAAUGCUGAUAUUAGCAAAGGCAAGGAAAUCGCUAUGAAACUUGCAUCACCUCUGAUAAACCAAGGUGUUUUCAACGCUUUUAUUUGUCCUACAAGUGUAAGCAGAGAUGAUCUCUACAUCCGUGCGAUGUUUGAAGAUAAAAAAAUGCUUCCUUUGUUAGGCUCUUCAAUGGCUCUUACCAUGAUUGAGCACUUAAGACCUAUUGUUUCUCAAGCAACAAAGAUGAGACAUCCAGUAAUAUUUUUGCAUGGAAACAAAGAUUCAUUAACUUUCUGCGAAAUGACUCAACAAGUGUAUAGAAACUGUGGAAGCAAAGAUAAGACAAUGGUAGUCCUUGAAGGAGGCUAUCAUGAGCCACAUCAUGACUUAGAAAGAGACGAGUUUUUGAAAAAAAUUAGUGACUGGGCAGAUCAAAGGCUGAAGGAAGGCAAAGCUUAUGGAUAUGUGGCACAGAUAAAGAUUGCUUCAGCUGGAUAUCAAAAAAUGGGAAAACUUUGUAAGGCAUUGAUUGCGGUAGGAAUUUUGAUAUACCUAGGUAUAGCAUGGAAAAUCAGGAUACCAAAUAUGAUGGCUUUAAUCUUAAAACUAGGCAGUUUUCUGUUAAGAUUAUUCUGGCCGAUAACGUUAUUAUUUAAAAAGAUAAGGAUUUAA